GUUGUGUCUGCGCCUAAGAUGGAGGAAGGGCCCGCCCUCUGCUUUCCUUGUGCUUCCCAGGGUCCAGGAGUCGAGCGCUCUAGGAGGUUUUAAUGCAGCCUGAGUCCAAGAAGCAUGAAGAAGAGAUACCUUCCCUGCUCUGGGGGUUAGAUCCUGUAUUUUCUGCUUUUGCAAGACUCUAUAUUAAAGAUAUAAAAGAAAUGAGAGAAUCCAAGCAAGUUCCAGGUAUAUUCUUCUAUAAUGGACAUCCAGUGAGACAGGUGGAUGUUGUUGGGAUGGUGGUUCAGACUAAAGAGCGAGAAGCCUUUCACAGUUAUGGAGUGGAUGAUAGUACUGGGGUUAUAAAUUGUAUCUGCUGGAAAAAUCCCAUGGUAGCAGAAAGAUCUUUAUCAGAGUGCCCAAGCACCCCUAGCAGUCUUAAAGUGCUUGAACAGAUGAAGAAAUUCCAGGAAAUGGUGAGCCAGAAAACCAAGCUGGAGAUUGGGGAUGUCAUCAGGGUCAGAGGCUACGUCCGGACCUUCAGGCAGCAAAGAGAAAUUCAGUCUUCGUGUUUUUAUAAGGUGGAUGAUCCUGUGUGUGAUGUUCAGAUUUCAAGAAUGUUGGAGCUCCCCUGCCUGUAUAGAGAAGUUUAUGAUAAACCUUUCCAAAGCCCAGGGGCAGGACAGAGUGGACCAGAAGGUUUGGAUUUCUUAAUCCAAACGCUGCAUGAGAAAGUAAGAGAUUUCCUACUGGAAAACAAAAUUCAGACCUUUUACCAGCAGGAGUUGGAAACAAUUCAUUCUCUGGUAUCCCUAGCUGAUGGGCCUAAAUCUAGUCCCAGCUGUCAGGUGAAUUCAGGAAGUGAAUCCAGCUCCAAAAGGAUUCACAGUGUUUUCAAGGAAGCAAUAAAGAAACUACAAGAAAAGGGAGUGGUUUUCCAAAAACCCAGUACCUCCAAGGACCUGUACUACCAUGUGACCGACCACGAUAAGGAGCUGCUUAAAGUGACCCUUGAUGUGAUUAAAGAAGACUGUCAAAAACCUAGGCAUGCUGAAAAAGGCUGCCAUUUUCUUCAUGUCCUGAGUUGUGUUCGACAGAGUUACAAUCCCAAUCUGGCUGAAGUGGUGAUGCAGCGUGUUUUGGAACUGCUGGAGAGCAACAGCGAUAUUGUCAGCACUAUGGAAGGAUAUUAUAUGGCAUUUUAAAGAGGGAAGAUAAGAUGCAUUAGUUCUUGUCCAGUCAGGGUAAAGUAAAAAAGAAUAAGGAAUGUCUGAAACAGAACUCUGGCACUUAAAAGCUCUUACCUACUGUGCUCUCACUGGGGACAAAAAAGAGCUGUUUCUGUAACUGCUAGUUUUGUCCAGCUUCUGAGAAGUUGUCCCAAUGUUUGUUUUAAUAUUCUUGCUGACUUCCUCAUUAUUACUGGGGAAUGUUGUAUCUAACUAAUUCUGGACACCCUUCUAUAGCAGUGGAGCUGGAAGAGACCACAGGCUUUCUGUCUGCAUGUGCUUCCCUGAUAAGCAGUGAGAUUUGACCUGGCCUUUCUCACAUCUACAUCCAGUGAGCCCUAAAGAGAAGUCACUGCUAAAGAGUACUGUUUGCAGCAGUGGUCACAUCAAGACUCAUCUUUCUGACUUAAAGACUGACGUUGUGAUCCUUCCUUACAGUGAUAGCUGUUCUUUUUAUGUAUGAUUUACAAUAGGAAAAGCACAUGUAAGCAAACAAUCUAAAGGUUACCUGUUCUUCCUGGUAAUGUUGGCACACCUAUGUGUGUAUAUAUGUGUGUGUAUUCCUGAAUGUACAUAGCUUUGUCACUACUAAAACAGACCCCACCUUGCUCUGAAAAGUAAUUUUCAGGAAUGAGGAACUGCACCCCUUCCCCAUGCUGCAGCAUCCCCCACUGACUGUAAAGCUUGUCUGGGUUCCCCUGGUUACCAUGUGCACUACUGACGCGUGUUGUAUUGGAUUCUGUGCAGACCAGAAGUUUCAAAAUCAGCUAAUGUCUUUGUUUAUUUUUAAAUUGCUUUGUAUGUCACAAAAUAUAAGCAAAAAAUUAGGUGUUUUGGAACAAAAAGUAUGAAAACAAGCAAGACUCAUUAUGAUCUCCAUGCUUCCCAUUGCCUUUUGUUGUCUUCCUUGUCACUUUCAGGAAAAAUGCUAUCCGUAUCCUUGCUUGCAGCAGAACAAAAGACAUGAAUGAAGUAAUGUUGGCCUGAAAAAGGUUGCCAUGCAAGACAUUUGACCUGGAAUAAUCAGAACUCUGUUAUGUGCCACUGUUCGAAACCUGGAGCUGUUCAGCAUCUGUGCUUGGAGGGCUUCAUGCUGCAGGGGAUCGUCUAAGUAAUCUGCUUAGUAGUGUGGAGGUGAUACCAUUAUUAAUUUGGGAAGAGUAGGAAGGGAAGAAUCUGUUCCUUCUCUCUGCUCAGCACCUUCCCUGUAACAGUUGAAACAGCAGGCUUCCAGGAGGCAGAUGUAGUCGUGAAGCCCUAUAAGGAUUGACAUAGCAGGGAAAAAUAAACUGAAUGCAUGAGGAAAGCCAGUGAGUAGCCUCGUGUGCCAGGUUUCUGCUUUGUUUUUAUAUUAUAUGCCUCAUUCCAAGCCAUGGCUUCAGUGAGACUAAGAGAAAGGAGUGAUGGAAUAUUUGGCAUUUGCAUUCAGAGACCUGUGGAAAACCCCAGCUUUAUAGAGAUGGUGUAUGUGUUCAUAGUGGAAAACUGAGUUACUUCACUGUCAUUUCCCCACUUGCUGCAGAGCUUAAUAGCUGAUUUCCCUGCAAGCUGCCACUACUCCUAGUGUUAACUGCUGCUGUACUUAGAGCUAGGUAUCUUCUAGUCAGAUCUUAAUAUGGGCCUGAACACAUUUCUGUAUAUGAAGUCUGCCUGAAACUCCUGACCUCCUAUUUUCUAUGCAUCAUGGAUUGAUGCAGACAAGAAGUGUGUCCUGUCUGUCCUGCCCCUGUUGUGAUUUAAAAGCACUGAUAACUGUGAAGCCUUAGAGAUGAGGAGUGAGGAGCUUUUCUCAGGAAAGACAGAUCAGUCACUCUGGAAAGAAUCUUUCCUUUGAAGUUUUUAAGCUGGUCAUUACUGGCAAUACUCAACUCUUGGAAGGUUGUAUUCUGUUGGAAAUUGUUCCUCAAGAACUGGAAGAAGGGAUUUUUCUUGCUUUGAUUAGGGGAAUAAUAGGAAUGAACACAAGGGAGCCCACUGUUUUUUACAAGACUGAAAGGGUCAAGGUAAAAAUUAACAGAAUGGCCCAGUUUCAAGUUAUGCAGAUUGUAAAUAUGAACAAUAGUGUGGAGUAGUUGUGACUUAAUCUUGUGCGCUUUAUUUUUUCCUCAGUAGCCACCCAGCACAGACUAACACUCUGAUUGAGUGCAUUCCCCCUCCUGCACUUAGAGGGAACACCAUGUGCAUAUGCCUGCACAGAAGUACCCCAGCUAGCUGUGAGCACAGAGCUCACAUUAGGCUGAUUUACCUGUUUACUCAGCAUCUCUACAGUGUGCUUCUGUGACAGCAGUCUAGACAUACCCAUAUUGGUAUAAGUCACCUUUAUGUAAGUUGAACUGCACACACUAGGGCUUUUACUGCUAAUAAACUGUCUCUCUGUUUACAGAUCAUAUCCUUAACCAGAGUCGUAUCAUGCAUACUGUUUAAAAAAAAAUUCUUAGAUUUAGACCACACCUACAAAAUAUUGUGUGGAACAUUCAGUGAAAGCACGCUUUCUCUUUUUGUUUAAUUUGAAAACACUUUAGGCAAUGCAGCUAUUGCUGGUUUAUUAAAGGACUUUGAAGGUGGCACUUUAAGGUAAAACUGACAAGUGAGAAUUCAUGUUGGACUGCUUCGUGGCCAGUUCUAGUUUCCAUAGAAACAGUCAUGGUAGUAAAAGGCAGGUAAGUAAAAUGGAGGUUUUAAAAGCAGUCAGCAUUUUUACAUUACCUUAAAAAUGUGUGUUUCCAUAGAAAUGGAAUACCUUAGAAAAAAAAAUUACCAUACAAUUUUAGUAUUUAAUAUCUCAAUAUUCUGGCAAAAUGCAAGCUGUUUUUCUGGAGAGGAGACAAAGGACAGAAUAACUCUGCCUUCAGUUCCUCAGAUCUGCUUACACGAGAGGAAAAAUAGUUAACUUCGUGCCUCAGUUUCCUUUGUAAAUUGUGGAUAAUAUGGUUCCCUCUGUUGUGGGACACAAGCCCUGUUUUUUAGUAACACCAAUCAUUAAAAACUCUUGAGAUCAAGAGUUUCAGCAUGGUCUCCAUCUCUCCUGUCCUAACUCUGCAGACUGGUGAGCAAACAAAAGUUCAGCUGCAGGAGAUAAGAGUAUUUACAAUAAUUAAUUGCCAUCUUCUAGGAGGAGGCCUGGUUUUACAGAAAUGUUUUUGUGGAUGUUGGUUGGCAGCAGGAAAAUGUUGAGUCAGGAAUCCUGGGUUUAAUUCCCAGCAGUGUGCCCUCUCAGGCACAGAGGGUUUCUCCCUAAUUUCUUUCACCUAUUUCUGCUCUCUGUUCUCUCCUCUAGUUGUCAUUUCUCAGGCCUUUCAUUUCAUUCGUAGUCUCAUCAUUCAUCUCUAUACCAUGAAUUGUGGUCAACCCCCCUUCCUCCCCGUUCUGUUCCCUUUAUCUUUCCUAACUCAAAUAUCCUUGUCAGCUGCUGGCAACUGAAAAUAUCAGCAUAAUCCCUCCAACUAACCAACCUGAUGUUGUUCACAGCCCACUCAGUUUCCAGCAGGCUGUGCUUUACUGUUUGUCCAGGUACCAGAAGAGGCAGACAUCAUCUUCAGCCUUGAUCUUUUAAGAUGUAGACUGCAGCAGGAACAAACUGCAAUUUCAGGAAAACCCUGAAGGUUUCUAGCUGUGAGUUUUUGCUUUUGUCCAAGUAUGAAAUAAAUAGAAUUAAACAUUAAAACACCUGUAUCUUGCCCACGCUGCAGUAAGUACAAGUUGUUCUUCCAGAUGGCAGAAGUCAUCUGCCUGCCCGUGACGCUUUUCAAGCCUUUCUGCAGAUUUUAUCACGUAGGUAUUCUAUCAAGUUGAUGUAGACUUCUAGUUUGUGCAUCUACUAGGUAAUGUCUCCUCUUUUGGACUGAUUUUUUUUUUUUUAAGAUGAGAAACUGUCAUUAUACUCUGUGUUUGAUGUAAUUACUGUCUGAGCACUUGUCAAAUUCUGUCACACUGUCUCAAGUGAUUUUGUAUUCUGUUGGUGAGUUAACAGGGGUGAAGAACCUGAAGAUCUUAUGGUCUUGCACAUUUUUAGAAAGUGGAUGCACUGAUAGAACAGGGAAGCCCAAAUGAGUGCCAACAGUAAGGGGAAGGAAGAAAUGGUCAUAGGAUAAGAAAGAAAUCGCACACAAGAUGAUCACAAGGAAAAAAAAUUUGUUACUUCUGCAGUGAGAACUACUUGUUUAGUUGUUCUGCAGUGCUCUUUUUAGAACUGAAUGGACUGUUUUUUCCUGAAGUUUGCUGGCAAAGUUCUCCCCAAGGCAGACGAGCGUGAUGGGAAACUGCAGCAUCUUUAUCAAGGUAGAGAGCUGUGUAAUGAAUUGUUAGGGAUGCCACCAGCCCGUUCCCUCUAAUAUAUUUUAAAUGCACAGUGGAGAAUAUACUACUGUAGCCACAGUAACUUACAAGUUGAAAUCGGCCCAGAUUAACAAGAUUGCCUGAACAUAACAUAACCUGGAAUCUGCCAGUGAAAGAAAUAACCUUAAGGAACAAUUUUCAACAAGUGUUGAACCACCGAAUAGUGUGGUGCCAAUUAACCUGGCACAACAUGACCUACAGCACUUGUUUUAGCUUGCUUUUUGUUAUUGAUUGGAAGAAUGAACACUCCUUUCCUACCAGCUAGAACUGGAGCUGUCUGCCAGCUUAGCCUGGGAUGAGCAAGUUGUGAAUGUGUGAGCAUGUAUGGGCCCAAACAUCUGCUUGUCUUUCUUGACAACUGGAGGAAUAGCUGCAGCUAAACUACUGCUUUGAUAGGCUGAGACAUCUACUUUAUUCAUCUUUUUAAUUUUCCCAAAUUAAAGUAAAGCAGAGCAGAAAGUAGUCCCAUCUCUGCUAGGGAGAGUGGUAAGAGAAAUCACAAGUAUGUGCCACUGCAUAACAGUCAGUGUGAUUAAAUGAAGCAUGUGCCAAGUUUGUUACGAGCUGUGGGACGUUUGUGGUUCCUCCCAGUAGUGGAAACCUCAUCCAAGUACUAUGGUGAUAUUUGGAAACAAGAGGGAGGAAUUGGUUCUCACAAAUGCUUUCCCCAAAAAUAGUCAUCACAGAAAGCCAUACAGGCCUUCCCAAUUUUAAAAUGUGCUUUCUUGCCAGUGUACAAGGUGGUAAAGAAAUGGAAAAAAGGGUGCUUGGAGUUUGUUUUUUCUCCUACUGCCAAAACUUAAGUCAUUCACAUUGAGAGUGUAGGAGUUGUUCUUGCAUGUGCGUAAAACUUCUUUGCUGUAACGUCCACAAAACCAUAACAAGCCAGCUGAUGUUCUGAAACUGCUGCCUCCACUGCUAACUAAUACUCCCUUAUUGUUUUCUUUCCUCACCUUGUCUUUUUUUUUUUCUCCAAUAAUAUCUCUUGGACUUAAUUCCUGGUUCACAGUAGUUGCAGUCUCUUUGUUCUUCUAUGGUUACAGUGAUCCAGAACAAACAGAACAGGAGCAAACUGACAAACUGAUACAGAGAGGAAUUUUUCUUGGAACUCUGAAUGUAGGAAAGGAUGAGAAAUAGAGAGGAAGUAGAGGGAGGAGGAUUUAACAGAAAGAUGUUUGAAAUUAGUCCCACUGAAAAAGGCUAGGAAAUAACUGCCUAAUGAUGCUUCAGACAUCUGUUUCAGAACAGGCAGCAGGUGCUGCAUGUAAUUGAAAGCAAGGACUUGUACUAUUUAUUUUCUGUAAAUAGAAAGAAAGGGAGGAAAUGAAGGCAUGAAAAAAUUGGAGUAAGGGAACGUUUAUCAUAAACAGCUGCACAAAUUUAUCUGGAGCACAGCAAUAUGUAUAUGCUCUUCCUCUGCAUUCCUGUCACUGUCCUUUAAUAGUUCCUGUGUUGUGCAGGUCUUUUCUAAAAGACCAAUUAUUUUCAUGCUCAAAACAAGAUCCUAGCAUAGGAGUUGGCCACUACAGUGUCUUAGAGAUCAAAACGUUCAGGACAACGUGGUUGUCACCCAGAUGCUGUUACAAUCUGAUGGAUCCAAAUAGAUGACUGAAGUUACCUGGAUAGCACAGCAGGUAGUGGCACUGCUCCACACUCCACAGGUGAAAAGCAUGCUUAUGGCAGGUCCUGCCUUCCAGUUCUCUGGUUUUGGGCGUCAUUCUUUUUUUCCAAGCAAUAAACAUCCUACAAGGUGUUUGGUUUUCCAGACAUCUCAGUUACUGCCUUGCAAAGCCUAAGCUGAGAAUGACUGGGUAAGAAAAAUACUUCUUGUAUCUGCCCAUGAUGCUCAGGAGAUCCAAAAACGCACCUCCUAAAGAAGUCUUUCUGUGAUGGGAAAACCACUUUGCUUUUGUAUGAAAGUGACUUUAAAUAAAAGAGAACUACUAAUGCACUUCACUGUGGUAGUAGUUGAUAGUGUUAAGAUUGUGUUUUUGUCAUUUGUGGUCUAACUGCAGUUCUACAGCUAACUUUUCAUAAGAUUUUAUCAAUGCUUUUUCACAACUCACAGUCUACCUAUCAAAAGUUCUAGUUUGGGUAUUGGCAGUUAAACUUUUCUACUUUCUCUAGUGGGUGUUCAGCCAAAUAAAAUUAUCAUUUGGCUUUAGAAGGGUAAAAAUAGUGAACAAGGAAAUUAAAGUUUAAAUGGGACAUGGUGGAAAUUUUAAAUCUUAAUACUGGGAACACAGUGUCCAUGUGCAUACUUAGAACUAAUAUGGGAAGGAAAUGCAAAUAAAGGCUAUUGCUUCCUAGGAUUAAUUCAUUUGUAACAAGCUGUAUUUUCAACAAAUGAUUGUCAAGUUGUGUUGUUUUUUUGCAGAGGAUAAGGCUGAAGCCAGUAUUGAGAUGUCCUCUUGAGAACAGUGAGGGAAACUGAAGUCAGGGGGACAGCAUCUGGGAAUUAGCCUGGAGAAUCCCAAUCCAAACCUGUGAUCAGUUUGAUAAACUUCAGCUGCCACAAAUGUAAGCCUGAUGUUUAUACAAUACAUAGAAAAGUGUGGUUUGGGCUUGUUUUAUUUUAUGUUUUUAAACUAUGUCAU